AUGCCAUCUUCCCUAAUACGACUCCCGCUUGCCACGCCGCUGCGCCUUGAGUCUCUGGGUUCGCGUCGAUCCUUGGCGGCGACGCUUCCCUGCAGCCAGCGCCAUGGAUUGGGCAUGAUCGCCAGGGAACCUCAUACAACGUGUCGCGUCGCGCCUCGUGACCCAUAUCACUAUGUCAUUGGCCUGACGCGUCAUGACAGUCUACCAACAGUUUCGUGA